AUGGACAUCUACGCCUCCACUUUAUCACCGGCGCUGGACGUCGGCGCAGGGUGUUAUCUGCUGGUUGUAGGUGUCCUCUCUAUCAUGGGAAACCUGCUGGUCAUCGUCACAGCAGUCAAAAGGUCAUCGAGGAUGAAGCCGCCGGAGCUGUUGUGCGUGAAUCUGGCAGUGACAGACCUGGGAGCAGCUGUUACCAUGUACCCCCUGGCUGUGGCUUCUGCCUGGAGCCAUCACUGGCUCGGUGGAGAUGUUACCUGUAUAUAUUAUGGACUGGCAGGGUUCUUCUUUGGUGUCGCCAGCAUCAUGAACCUGACCAUCUUGGCUAUAGUGCGCUUUGUUGUGUCUCUCAAUCUGCAGUCGCCAAAUGAGAAAAUCAGCUGGAAGAAGGUGAAGAUGCUGUGCGUAUGGAUCUGGUUCUACGCUCUGAUCUGGGCUCUGUUCCCUAUCCUGGGCUGGGGAAAGUAUGGCCCAGAGCCCUUCGGCCUGUCCUGCUCUCUCGCCUGGGGACAAAUGAAAACUGAGGGCUUCUCUUUCGUCAUCUCCAUGUUCUCCUUCAACCUCGUCAUGCCUUCUAUCAUCAUCAUCUCCUGCUACUUUGGAAUCGCCAUCAACCUCUAUUUCACCUACAAAAAGUCGAUGAACAACAGCAACCGAGUCCCCAACAUUGUCAAGCUCCAUCGAAGGCUGUUAAUAAUCGCCGUACUGAUCAGUGUAGGCUUCAUCGGCUGCUGGGCUCCCUAUGGGCUGGUGAGCCUGUGGUCUAUCCUCCAAGACAGCAGCACCAUCCCACCUGAAGUCAGUCUACUGCCGUGCAUGUUUGCAAAGAGCUCCACCGUGUACAAUCCUAUGAUCUACUACUUCUUCAGCAAGAGCUUCAAAAGGGAGGUCAAGCAGCAGCGCUGGCUGUGCCUCGGCUCUAAUUCAUGCCACAUCUCCAACACCAUCAGCGACAACAGCAUUUAUAUGGUUAGCACCAACAUCAAGCCCAAAGUAGAAGCACGGUCUGCUUUACAGGACAGCACGGAGUCAAAGACAGUGACUUUGGAUUGA